AUGCGUGCUGGCGCCAACCCCCUUCAGUCUUAUGUUCUCUGCCAUGCUGAUGGACGCCUACCGCGACGAACGCACCCCGGGAUCCGCAUCGCCUACAGGACGGACGGUCACCUGCUGAAUCAACGGCGGAUGCACUUCCAAUCGCGUGUAUCCACUACCAGCGUCCACGAACUCCUCUUCGCCGACGACUGCGCCCUAAACACCACCUCGGAAUAG